CACAAGCAGGCUCGGUCAUAUUUGAGAACGUCUGCACGUUUGAUGGAUGUCCUAUUCCAUUAAUAUCAUGAUCAACUAACACCAGACAAAUUAUGGAUCCUCAUUCUACUGCUCAGGAUGUGCACCGAUGUGACCUUUGUGAGACCGCCAUAGUACACAGCUAUUGUGACUUUUGUCAUGUCAGCCUUUGCAAACCCUGUAUAUUAGAUCACAUAUUAGAUGAAUAUGAAAAACAUAAAAUAGUUCCAUUCAAGGAACGAAGAUCAACCCUCGUUUAUUCAAAAUGUAGGACACAUCCACAAAAAAAUUGCGAGUUGCUGUGCAAGAAUUGUAACAACCGAUUUGUUUGUUCCUCUUGUACUGCCUCUGAACAACACAGGGGACAUAUAUUUGUAGAUGUUACAGAGGUUUACAAGACAAAGAAAAACAAUAUCGAAAAAGACACAGAGGAAUUAGAAAAUCUUAUUUCUCCUAAAUAUAAAGAAAUUGCACUGGACUUGGAAAAUCAGCUUGCCAACCUGGAUGGAGGAUAUGAGAAACUAACAACAACAAUGUCCAAACAAGGAGAGCAAUGGCACAGAGAAAUCGACAUCGUCAUCGACAUAAUGAAAACUGAAAUUAAUGAGAUUAAAGUGAAACACAGAGAUAUUUUACAGAAACAUUUGGAUGAAAUCAAACAGAUACAGUCGCUGAUAAAACAAACAUUACUUGCCUUAUACGAAAUCGAGAAAUCUACUGCAGUAGCUACUACCAUUGAAUACAACUCAAAGAUCAGAGAAUUUAGCAAACUUCCACCCAAGCUUCAAGUAAAACUGCCAACAUUCAUUCAAAAACCGAUAGACAGGGAGAAGCUGUAUAGUUUGUUUGGACAUAUCACCCCAUUAUCUACUGCAACAGAAGAAAAUGUCCUGUCACUGAACCAACCCAACACUUUAGUCAAAGAACUACUGGAUGAACCGGAGCUAGUUGCCACAAUACAGACUGGGUAUGAACAACUACUCGGUGUUACCUGUCUAGAUGAAGACGGUGUAUGGACGCAUGGAUUGACCAAUAAAAUCAAAUGCUUUAACAUCAAUGGUUCACUUCUCCAAACAAUCGGGACAAAAUCAGAACAAAGGCCCAAUGCCAUAGUUGUAAACAGUGAUGGGGAUCUACUGUACUCUGACUGGAAAGCUAGGACAGUGAAUAAAGUAAAGAAUGGACAAACAGAAGAGUUGAUCAGAUUACAGGAAUGGGUGCCCAAUAACUUGUGUGUCACCUCUAAUGGUGAUAUACUGGUCACCAUGCACAGUAAUAAUGGAACUCAAUCCAAAGUUGUCCGGUAUUCGGGUUCUACGAAGAAACAAACAAUUCAAUUUGAUGAUGAAGGUACACCUCUGUACUCGGGGAAUAUGUAUUAUAAAUACAUCACUGAAAACAGAAACCAUGACAUCUGUGUAGCUGAUUGCAGGGCCAGUGCAGUAGUCGUGGUUUAUCAGGACGGGAAACUCAGAUGGAGGUACAUCGGUCAUCCCUCAGUUACCAAGCACAAACCAUUUAUACCCCGUGGUAUCACAACAGACAGUCAGAGUCGUAUCCUGACAGCCGAUAGAGACAACCAUUGUAUCCACAUUCUGGAUCAGAAUGGACAGUUUCUCCGUUACAUUGAUAACUGUGAUCUGAACAAUCCUUAUGGUUUAUGUGUGGACAAUAAUAACAAUUUACAAAUUAUGGAUCCUCAUUCUAGUGCCCAGGAUGUGCACCGAUGUGACCUUUGUGAGACCGCCAUACUUGCCAACCUGGAUGGAGGAUAUGAGAAACUUACAACAACAAUGUCCAAACAAGGAGAGCAAUGGCACAGAGAAAUCGACAUCGUUAUCAACAAAAUGAAAACUGAAAUCAGCGAGAUAAAAGUGAAACACAAAGACAUUAUACAGAAACACUUGGAUGAAAUCAAACAGAUACAGUCUCUGAUAAAACAAACAUUACUUGCCUUAAACGAAAUCGAGAAAUCUACUGCAGUAGCUCCUACCAUUGAAUACAUCUCCAAGAUCACAGAGUUUAGCAAACUUCCACCAAAGGUUCAAGUAAAACUCCCAACAUACAUUCCAAAACCGAUAGACCGUGAGAAGCUGUAUAGUUUGUUUGGACACAUUACCCCAUUAUCUACUGCUACAGAAGAAAAUGUCUUGUCACUAAACCAACCAAAUACUUCAGUCAGAGAACUACUGGAUGAACCAGAGCUUGUUGCCACAAUACAGACUGGGUAUAAAGGACUACUCGGUGUUACCUGUCUAGACGAAGACAGUGUAUGGACGUAUGGAUUGACCAAUAAAAUCCAAUGCUUUAACAUUAAUGGUUCAUUUCUCCAAACACUCCGGACAAGAUCAGGAGCAAGGCCCAAUGACAUAGUUGUAAACAGUGAUGGGGAUUUACUGUACUCUGACUGGAGAUCUAGGACAGUGAAUAAAGUAAAGAAUGGACAGACAGAAGAGUUGAUCACAUUACAGGGUUGGACACCUUAUAAUCUGUGUGUCACCUCUACUGGUGAUCUCCUGGUUACCAUGUACAGUGAUGAUGAAACUCAAUCCAACGUAGUCCGUUACUCGGGAUCUACAGUGAAACAAACCAUUCAAUUUGAUGAUAAAGGUAAACCUCUGUACUCAGGGAAUACCAGGCUUAAAUACAUCACAGAGAACAGAAACCAUGACAUCUGUGUCGCUGAUAAUAGUGCUGGUGCAGUAGUGGUAGUUAAUCAGGACGGGAAACUCAGAUGGAGAUACAUUGGUCAUCCCCCAGUUACCAAGAACCAAACAUUUGCACCCCGGGGUAUUGCAACAGACAGUCAGAGUUGUAUCCUAACAGCAAACGGUUUAAACCACUGUAUCCACCUUUUGGAUCAUAAUGGACAGUUUCUCCGUUACAUUGAUAACUGUGAUCUGAAAGAUCCUUAUGGUUUAUGUGUGGACAAUAAUGACAAUCUGUUUGUGUCAGAAUGUGAUAAAGGCAAUGUAAAUAAAAUAAAAUUUUUAAGAAAGACACCAAAUUGGUGACUUAUGGAGAUAAAGCAGUAACCAUUUUCAUUAUUUUGGCAUUUUUUUAAAACUUAUUAAAGAUAUAU